UGUUCAAUAAUAACGGAAUGGACAGCCAAGUUUGUGGUGAUGGUAGAUUAUUGGAUUUAAUCGAUGAGGCAUGGCGUAAAGAAAAAUUACCUAUAGAUGAUAUUUUAGUACCAGUAGCAGAACUACCAGAUCCCGAAAGUGAUAAUGGUGAUUCGCACAUGACAUUGAAAGAAUUAGAACAAAAGUGGAAUAACUUGGCAUUAGGUACACUGAGUGAAAAUCAUUUGCAUUCUCCAACACCUUCUCAUAAUUAAAAUAUUAUUUUUAA